ACCCUGGCAGUUCGUGAUUCGCCUGACGACGGGCCAGUCCCUGCAUCUCCGUGACGGGCAGCUGUCACAGCCAAUGGCAGUGCACGUCGCCUUUCCACCCCGACGUUCCUCCGCGUCCGUUAAGGGAGCUGAGGCAGCAUGAGCCAUUUGCAGACAUUACUGUUAGAUACCCUUCUGGGAACGAAGCAUGUGGACAGUGCAGCCCUCAUCAAACUUCAGGAGCGGAGCCUAUGUGUAGCAUCACCAGGAUUUAAUGUAAUGCCCAGUGAUGUCCGAACACUUGUGAAUGGAUUCGCCAAGAACCCUUUACAAACUCGAAGAGAGGGAUUGUAUUUCAGGGAAAAGGAUUACAAAUGUGUCCGGGCAGACGACUAUUCCCUUUAUGCUAAGAAUGAAAACACUGGUGUGGUGGUUGUGAAGACCCAUCUGUAUCUUCUGGUGGCAACUUACACGGAGGGCAUGUAUCCUAGUGUCUGUGUGGAAGCCACAGAGAAGCUGGGUAAGUUGCCUCCUGUCUCAGCUUCCCAGGCUGCCAUAACAAAAUACCACAAGCUGGGUGGCUUAUAAGAGGCUUUUUCCCCCCAAGUUAUAGUCCAAAAUCGGGGUGUCGGCAGGGCCAUGCUUUCUCUGUCAUGAUGUUGAAUAGGUAAUUAAUAUAUGUUUGAUGAACAAAUAAAUUGGCACAAGGGUUAAGAGCUUGGCUGCUAACCAAAAGGUUGGCAGUUCAAAUCUACUAGCCACUCCUUAGAAACCCUAUGGGGCAGGUCUCUGCCUUCUGAAUUGCUAUGAGUCAGAAUUGACUCAACAGCAAUGGGCUUGGUUUUUUGGUUUGAAGCAGAGUCAGGAAGGAGCGUUGGUGGCACAGUGGUUAAGUGCUCAGCUGCUAACCAAAAGGUAGGUGGUUCAAACCCACCAGCCGCUCUGCAAGAGAAAGAUAAUGGCAGUCUGCUUCCGUAAAGAUUUACAGCCUUAGAAACUCUAUGGGACAGUUCUCCUCUGUCCUAUAAGGUCACUGUGAGUCAGAAUCCACUCCACGACAGUGGGUGGUAGGUGGAACAGAGUCAGGGAAAGCUCCAGAGAGCUGAAUCUUAAAGGAUUAAUUGAGAAAUUCAGUACCAUCAUAGAAGCAAAAUACAUACACACAGGUGUGUACAUUUACAGACUUUCCCAGUUUUCAUAAAUAGCUCCCUAGAAGGAACUGUCAUAAACCAUGCUACACAGCUGCCAAUGAGGUAUGCUGGAAGCAAACAGGACUGAGCUGGAAAAGGCACCAUUUAGGAAACACCUAACAGAAUAGGUGAACUCCAGCCCCAAAAGGACAGGACAUUACAACUACCAAGGACCCUUUCUGAGCAGGUGUCAGGAUUUGAGAGAGGUUCAGUUUCAGCGGGGCUGAGCAGGAGCAGGAAGGCAGAACGCAGACAUGUAGAUUCAGAGAAUGAGGCUAGGAAGAUGGUCAAUUAGAUGGGGUCAUCAGAUAGGACCCAGGACAGAUUCCCCAAGUCUCCUGUGGAGACACGGCUUCAGGGGACCAAAGACCUGUGCAAAAGUGGACCAGAGAGGAUGCCUGACACCUGUAAUGAAGAUAGAUUCUCUGGCUGGCAGGAAGGUUGGGAUUCUUGCUUAGGGCCACAAAAGAAUGUUUGCUGGUUAGAAGGACACAGCUGACAUCAUGCCACUAAGAUCCCACUACUCUGAGACAGGCUGUCUUGGAAGUGGUUGGAUGCUCAUGAGGGAUGAACAAGGCUGGUACCCAACCAGGAGCCAGUUACUUGUCCCAUUACUUGUAUUUCCUUCAUGUAUCUUCUUUUAAAUGUAUUUUUCUGUUAAAAAAUUAUACAUAAUUAUUAUAGAAAAAUUGGAAAGUAUUAUAACCAUUAAGAUAACUUUAUCAUGAAGAUUCUAGGAACAUAAUAAUUUCUUAAUUAAAGAAAAUGUUUCAACAGUAAUUAGGUGAAGGAUGCUAUGCUACUUCUCUAACACAAAUUAACCAGGUUUGUUUUAAAACAAACAUAUUAGUGAAUCACACACAUUUGUAAAAUGUUAAUAGCUUUAAUUCUAAGUCCUCAAUUUAAAAAAAAAUUUAAGUACGCGGACAACAGUUUUUAUCUUAGAAGCUUUUUUGUGACUUAUUUUUAGUAUUAUUGAAUUAUGAGAGAACCAUGACUUUUUUUCUUAAAUUUCUUGUGAUCUCUCUAUAAAGUAAAGCUGGAGGAUAAAAGCAGACUGAGUUUCCUAGUGUAUUUAUAUAAGAGUUGCCUCAUUUCUAACUGAAUCUGUAUACAACAGAGCUAGGCUCUGUAUUUUAGUAGAUAGAUGUAGAUAUGGAUAGAAAUAGAUAUGUUGGUGGUCUUGGUCUUUUGUUUAUUCUAGUGAGAAUUUCAUCCGGGACUGCAUCUCCAAAUCUGUAACACAAGAUCACUGGGCAAGUCUGAUUUAUUUUGCACGAUUUGUCUUGCAGCUAACUUGUCAGGAGCCCACUUCUUUUGUCACUUUGUUGGUAGCUGCCAUCAAGUUAGCCCCGAUUCAUGGCAACCCCAUGCAUAAUGGAAUGAAGCACUGCCUGGUCCUGUCCCAUCCCCAUUAUUGUUGUAGAUUGGACAGUGUUCUGUUGUGAUCCAUAGGGUUUCCAUUGGCUGAUUUCUGGAAGUAGAUUUCCAGGCCUUUCUUCCUAGUCUGUCCUAAUCGGAAAGCUCUGCUGAAACUUGUUCAGCAUCAUAGCAACACUCAAGCCACCACUGACAGACAAGUGGUAGCUGUGCAUGAGGUACAUUUGCUAGAAACCAAACCCUUGUCUCCCCCUUGGGAGGCGAGAAUUCUACCACUGAACCACUAAUGCCUCUCUUUUGUCACUUAAUACAUCCUAUUCUCCCAGAGUUUCUCUCUGUCAUGAUUGCGAUAAAGGAAGGCAAGCUAAGUACUACCAAGCACUCAAAUUAAGGAAAAGAUUAGUGCUGUUGAUGAGUUAAGCCUUAGCUUUCAAAGUUACUUUUAUUAAUAGUUUGUUAAAAAUAAAGUACUGUAAUCAGUUUUAAAUCAUAGACUGCACAAGGAAAGGAAAGCAGCAGAUUCUUCUGUUUCCCUGAACCCUCUUCUGUUCUGUUCCCUUUUCCCAGCCAUAUGUAUCCUUCUUCCUUUUCUUUGCCUGGAAAACCAAUUCAUGCUACAAGAUUCAGCUCCAAAUACCUCUAUCUGGUGUUUAUUACUGUGGAGUGUAAAUUGGUGUUUGUGUAUGUCUGUCUUCCCUACUAGACAAUGAGCUCCUUGAGGGCAGGGGCUGUGUCUUGACUACCUAGUCAUUCUUGUGUCUCCAGUACAUAGCCCAGGGCCUAGCACAUGGUGGUUACUCAACAAUGUUUGUAGAAUAAAUAAAUUAAUGAAUGAAUAAUAUCGUGGUGAUAAGUUACUGCUUUGUUUUU